AUGUCAAGGAGAACUAUUGAUUUAUUAUGUAAACAAAAAGAAAAGAUGGCAAUUAAAGGGAAAGAGUUUUGUUUGACUGACCAAGAAGAACGAGAAAGACAAGUUAAUCUUUUUAAACAUAAAUUAGAAGAAUUUUUACAAAACAAUAGAAAUGAAAUUACGAGUAAUCCUGAAACUCAAAAUAAAUUAUAUGUCUUAUGUAGAAAAAUGGGAGUUGAACCAUUAACAACUGAAAAAAGUUAUUUUUUUUAUAGAAAUAAAGACUUUUAUAAUGAACUUACUGUCCAAAUUAUAGAAGAGUGUUAUAAAUCAAGAGAAUCAAAUGGUGGAAUUAUUGAAAUAAAUAAGUUAUGUGAUUUAGUUAAUAAAAAAAGAAAAUCAACAAUUAAUCAAAAUGAUAUUUUUAGAGCGAUUAAUCAAGCAAAUUGUCUAGGAGAAGGAUUAAAAGUUGUUACUAUUCACCAACAGAGUUAUGUUAUUAGUGUUCCAUUUGAAUUAGCUGAUGAUCAACAAGUUGUUUUAAGUUUAUUAGAGAAAAAGUCAUAUUUUUUAGAAGAUGAAUUGCUUACUAUUGGAUGGUCAAAAGAGCGAGUCAAAGGAACAUUAGUUUGGUUAUUAAACUUAGGAAUAUUAUGGGUUGAUGACCAAUUUUCAUUAGAUGGUAAAACAAUAAGAGCGUAUUGGAUGUCAAUGUAUAAUUCAUUUUAA